AUGGCGCCGAAGGUUGUUCUCGUUACGGGCUGUUCCACAGGUAUAGGGCUAUAUACAGCUCUCUUGCUAGCUAGCGACAAAGAAAAGCGCUUCAAAGUCUAUGCAACCCUUCGAAAUCUUGCAAAAAAAGGCGAGCUUGAAGAAAAGGGAAAGGAUUUUCUCGGUGACACACUCAUCAUCAAAGCGAUGGAUGUUUGCUCAGAUGAGUCCAUCGACGGAGUUGUGCAAGACUUGUUGUCCACACAUCAGCGGAUCGAUAUUCUCAGUAAGGUUUUAAGUUAAUUUUCACGUUCUAUUAAUGGUACACAAAAUAAACCCUUCUUCGCAGAGACAUGGAGAAAUUCUUUAGUCAGAGCAAGUACUGAGGGCAUUAAAAAAUUUUAGUCUUGAAACUGAAAGUAUUAAAAAUGACGAAUGAACUCUAGAUUAUUUCCACGUUUCUGCUUGAGACCAAAAAGACACUGUAUCAUCAGUGUACGUGGAUUAUAUCCUUGAGAUGUGUUCGGAGGGUGACCAAUCCCUCCCUCCCCCAUCCCCAACCAUAUCAUUCAGUUCUUAGUUACACGAAUUCGUUUCUUGAAGAGGCUUCACAAAUUAAUUUGUAUUUCAAGUUGCCUGUUAUUUAAUCACCUGCUUGUUCGAGGUUCAAGCUGUCCAUAAAUAAACCAAGAUUUUACAAAUCCCUCCUUCCAAAUCUUUUGCUGUAGGGAUGAGUCUCACACGUGAGGAUUGGGAACAUUGAUGUCGCACUAGCUUGCACUCUUUGUCCAAUUAAUAGCAUAAUCAUUUCCUUGAGAACUUUGAAACUCUUCAGAAUGCCUUCAAAAAUCUGGGGAUAGACCUGGGAGAUCUUGCAACAUCUUUGGAUACAACAGUGCUGCCAUUAAGGAGCUAGUCUCUAAGGGAAAGUAGGCAGCAGUAGUCAUUCAUCCCACAAAUCCUCAUUAUGUGCCAUGUUUGACUCAUUUUCCAACCAAAGGUAGCGCCAUGGAUGGCUGAUUUUACUGCAGUAGUUGGCUAAAAAAAGCCAGCCGCAAGCUACUAAUGACAGCCCUGCACAAGCAGGUCCUCUGUCACUGAGGUGCAGAUGUAUUUCCUGCAAAAUGUCCCUUUUUACAGGGAGCUGGGAGAGACUGCUGUACUUGCAGGCUACUGCAACUCCUUUGCCCUGCUACAUGUAAAUCCACCCAUAUCUUAAGUUAUAAAUUAUGACCAGAACUAUACAGAGAAUUAUUCCCUCCAAGGUUUUUUAUUAAUUUUAAAACUGCCUCUAAGAGAUUGCCUGUAGUAAGCUGUCCCUGCCCUAAGAGGUGCCUGUAAUAACACCCCAAGUACUAGAUGACCCUCCCAAUCCCAGAGGCGGGGGGGAGGGGGUACUCCCUAUGAUGGCCUACAAGGGCAUGGGGAGGCUUCACCUGAAAGGGGUACCUUUUUUAGGCUUCAGGUAUAUGAAAUGGUAGGGAUUUCACUAGUUGAAGUAUAUAAAAGGGUAGGGCAAUCUGUCAUUUGGUUCUGUAAAAGGGCUCAAAGGGGCUAACAGAUGACUUUUGUGGCUUUAAAAAAUCAAGAAUAUUUAUGUAAUUGAUUCCUAUUUAAAAGAGUGCAUUUACAGCAGUUAAAAGGGGUGCAAAGUUCUAAACAAGGAAUAUGAAAGGGGUACCAUUUGUCAUUAGAAGGUAUACAAAAGGGGUACCUUAUCAUGGAAAAUGGUACAUAAAAGGGUAAGGGGUUGGACCUUGGGGCAGAGCCUCGCUGUACAAACAUUUAUUGAGUACCCUCCAGGGACUUGCAUAUCGUUAAUCAAAGGGAGAAUUCAAUUUUAGAUCAGGAAGUACUUAAGGCCUUAUUCACAGUCACAACUUUAAUAAGUUAGUUUCUUAUGCCAUCGUUAGCAGUACAAAGUUGGUGCUGAUUAUUGCAAGAAGCUAAUGCAAGCAGUAUUGAUCUCGUCCUUUCUAGUUAACAAUGCCGGAGUAGGCUUGCUGGGCCCCUUGGAGACUCAAACAAUGGACGUGGCAAGGAGUGUUUUCGAAACUAAUUUCUUUGGAGUGUUACGGCUCACAAAAGCUGUCCUCCCAUGUAUGAAGUCCAAAAGAGACGGCCAUAUUAUUUGUGUGACCAGUGUGGGAGGAAUCAGUGGAGUGCCGUUUAACGGUGUGUACUGUGCGUCAAAGUUUGCAGUGGAAGGACUUGUUGAGUCUCUGGCCCCAAUGCUGAAAACAUUUAAUGUGAAGUAGGUACAUUCAACCAAGUCUUUAAUUUUUCAGUUACAGGUUAAAAUCAGCUUCUUCUUUCAUUCAAGGUCUUGGGUACUGUAUUAUAUGUUUUGUUCUAUUUCCAGUCUCAUGAUAUAGUAAUUUAUUUAUACUGAGCAGCCAAAAAACCUGCCAACAUAUGGAAGCAAGUUGAUUAAAUUUUGUUUGAAUUUAAACCUCCUUUAUAUCUUCACCUUGACAUGUGAAAGAGUUGGCUUAUUAGAAAGCCUUUUAAGGGUCAAAAUUAUGCAAAUCAAAAAAGCCAUUGCCGAGUCCACAAGGAAAGUGCCAUUCCAGACAAAGCAUUGUUUUAAAUGAUAACUUGCAACCUUGUUCCAGACAAAAAAUUUCAGACCUACAUGCUUACAUUACAAAUUAUAAUAAGAAUGUGGAUUUCGCUAAAAGAAAGUUCUUAAGUUGUGUGUCAGAGCUAGUACAGCAGUACACGAAACUGAAUCAACGAGGGAUUCUAGGAAGAAUUUCCCCUGUUUCCCAUUUUAUAUAAACUAAAGCAAAAUAACUGAAAUCUCUCUGUCAAAGCAAAAGGCUGCCAGUUUUAAUAGCCCUUUUACAGUUACCAGUCACGUGACUGGCUUAAUGCAGAACUUGAAAAAAAUUAAAGAUGGAAAGAGCAUGUGAGAAAGUUACCUGGAAUCCCAUUUUUGAGGUGAUUGGCACAUAAAUAGGCUGGAAUUUUAGGCUGGAAUGUCUGCAAAACUUUAAGGGUUUUAUGGAAAGAAGUGCUGGACCACAAAGUUUGCAAUCCAACACCUUUUUCUCAGCUAUUGAUACAUGUGUAUGAAAUAUUUUCUUGCUACUUUAAAUCACCAUAGAAUGGUACUGUUGUGAGUUUAAAGCCUAAAAAUUAUUGCAAGAUCUACUAUUUUCUGGGAUUUUCAGGGUUAUCUCUCAAUUUUGGCACACGACCCUGAGCUUCAAAGGGGGUAUACCCUGACUCCAACAUGAAAGAGUUAGGGAUGCUCAUCUGAAAUUUUGAAUGGAGCCCCACCCCUCUUUUGAUCUCUAAAAGAGACCAUUUUAAACUUUGAUUACUUGAAUCAAGUAUUAGAUAAAAUGAAUUGAAGAAUUUUUAAUAUUUCUUCCCAUGCAGCCCUAAAAGAGAUCUUUACAGCUAAAUAUAAUGGCGUUUUGCCCAGAACACCCCAAAUGAGACCAAAAUCCAAAAUUUACACCCCUAAGCGAGAUAAUGAGCAGAGUCCUUCCCCCCCCCCCCCCCCCGGGGGAAUUUGUAAAAAUCCAAAAAAAAAAAACACGUGCCCCUACCUCUUAAACCCAGUUUCAGAGGGGAAAUAGGGAGCCUCACUCAUUGUUUAUAAAAAAAACCAUCACAAACUGUUUUUUAUUUUUUUUAAUCCCCCCCCCCCCCCCUACCGGUGGAUAUUGUAAAGAUCCAGACAAAAAAAUCACGUGCCCAUACAUCUUAGAACCAGUUUCAGAGUGGAACUAGGGAGACUCUAUCAUUGUUUAUCAAAAUAACCCUAACUACAUGUAUUUUCAUUUUAUUCAAAUUAAAAGAUGCUCUUUAAUUGAGCCAGGACCAGUUGCAACCUCAUUUGGGGCCAAUCUGCGAAGCAAUGACAAAGAAGCGGACAGCCCUCCCAUAGAUGAUGAAACUAAGCAACUACUGGAGAAUCUGAGCAAGAAGAUAAGCACAGCCUUUACCACAGUGGUUCAGACUCCAGAUGAAGUUGCUCAAGUAAUUCAAGAAGCAAUCUUAGCUGAACAGCCACAUUUGAGGUAUCAAACAAACAAGAAUUAUGCAGCUGCAACAGCGGCCAAACUAACCGACCCCACUGGCAAUAAACCUAUAGAGCUUAUGCAUCAGCGCUACUUCAGUUAA